AUGAAUAAAAUUAUUAUGAUGUUGAUGACAUUUCUAUGCCUUUUUCUGUCUAUACAAGCAAGCACACUUCAAGCACCAUCCAAUGAUCCUUUUUACACUCCGCCUGCCAAAUUCGAAAAUAAAAAGCCUGGCACCAUUUUAAAAUUUAGAAUAUUGCCAACCUCUUCUCUUCCUUCCAUUUCUAAUGAAAAUCUCAAAGCUAUUUAUCAAUUCCUUUAUCGUACCAAUGAUGGUCUUGGUAAACCCACUGCUUCUGUAACCACUCUUCUUGUUCCCACCAAUGCUGAUCCUACGAAACUUAUUUCUUAUCAAGCGUCUGAAGAUUCCGCUUCCAAAGAUUGUGCUCCUUCUUAUAUUUAUCAGCAAGAAUUAAAUCCUGGUCCGAUUCCGAUUCCCAGUCCUGAGCCUUUCUUGUUAGAUGACCUUCUUUCUCGUGGUUAUUAUCUCAACAUGGCUGAUUAUGAAGGUCUUCAAGCUAUGUUUGCGGUUGGACUUAUGGCUGGUCAUGCUGUGCUUGACUCUAUACGGGCAGUUCUAAACAGUGGCAAUUUGACCCAAUUACAUCCUGAUGCAACCGUGCAAAUGUUAGGUUAUUCUGCUGGUGCUCAUGCUACAGGAUGGGCUGCUCAACUUCAAUCUUCUUAUGCUUCUGAACUUAAGAUUAUUGGUGCGGCUAUGGGUGGUACUCCUGUGGAUGUGAAUGCGACAAUCAAUGCAGUCAAUGGUGGUCCUUUUGCUAGUCUGAUUCCUUCUGGUAUCCUUGGUAUGAUGCAUCAAUACGAUGACUUGGCUGAUUACGUUGAUCAAAUCAUUUUACCUGACAAGAAACAAGAGUUUUUGGAAGCUCAAAGUAUGUGUAGUCAGGAUAUCCUUGACAAGUAUGCUUUCCAGGAUAUUUUUUCCUAUUUCAGUCGACCCGACUUUUUGGCGGAUCCUGUGGCAAUCAAGGCGAUCAGCAACAAUAUCAUGGGUAAAAUGGGUGCUCCUCGAUUUCCUUUGUUUAUGUUUCAUGCCAUUCAUGACGAAAUUGUUCCCAUAGCACCUGCCAUGGACUUGUAUAACUCUUGGUGUGCCGACACGUCUACCAGUAUCCAAUUCGUGGCGGAUGAACUCUCAGAACAUUUUAUUUUGACUGUCACCGGUACUGCCAAUGCAAUCAAUUUUCUAGUGGAUCAAUUCAACAAUAAGACAGCUCCUCCUGGUUGCACAUAUAGAACAACUGUUACUUCAGCUUUGGACGAUGAUGCUCUUCCUUUCACGGUCAGAUUGAUUUUGUAUGAAUUGGAGACUCUUCUUGGAUACCUACCAGUCUCUAACAAUACCUUUUUGAACAACAGGAAGAGAUGAUGGUCACUUCUUCGAUCGGAUAUACCUUUUGUGGACUGUCUUAUUUUUGUUAGUAUUAGCGCUGGUUGUUAGUUUUAGUGUUAGUUUGGCUUUAGUGUUGUGUAGUAUAAUAAAGAAUCUCAAUAGUCCAACCAUUUUAUUUAUCUUGAUGUCAAAAGGAUAACUUAUUCAAUAAUAUUCUGGUUAUCACAUUGU